AAUGGAGCGCGGCCCACGUGAGGGCGUGUCUCGCUUGGUAGGGAGCGCGGCCGGUAUGCUUCCUGACUGGAUCCUUUCCUGGACGCCGAAGCCUCUCAAGCCUCUCGAGCCGCCCGCCGUCGCUUGCUGGCCGGCUUUGCCACUGCUUUUGGCCCGGUGGAAGCGAGUGUGGACGAGGGGACACGACGUUUGGCUUUAGCGGGGAAACGCCGACAUGCCGGCGGUGUCGAAAGGGGACGGAAUGCGCGGCCUGGCCGUGUUCAUUUCCGACAUCAGGAACUGUAAAAGUAAAGAGGCGGAGAUCAAAAGGAUCAACAAGGAACUGGCGAACAUCAGAUCAAAAUUUAAAGGCGACAAGGCUCUGGACGGCUACAGCAAGAAGAAAUACGUUUGCAAGCUGCUAUUCAUCUUCCUUCUGGGCCACGAUAUCGACUUCGGACACAUGGAGGCCGUCAACCUGCUCAGUUCCAACAAGUACACGGAGAAACAAAUUGGUUACCUGUUCAUCUCGGUGCUGGUCAACUCCAACAGCGACCUGAUCCGCCUGAUCAACAACGCCAUCAAGAACGACCUGAGCAGCCGCAACCCCACCUUCAUGAAUUUGGCGCUUCACUGCAUCGCCAACGUGGGCAGCCGCGAGAUGGCCGAGGCCUUCGCCUCCGACAUCCCCCGCAUCCUCGUGGCCGGGGACACCAUGGACAGCGUGAAGCAGAGCGCGGCGCUUUGCCUCCUUCGCCUCAACAAGACGUCACCCGACCUGGUGCCCAUGGGCGAGUGGACGUCCAGGGUGGUCCACCUGCUCAACGACCAGCACCUGGGGGUGGUGACGGCGGCCACCAGCCUCAUCAGCAGGCUGGCCCAAAAGAGUCCGGAUGAUUUCAAAACGUCCGCGGCGUUGGCGGUGGCCCGACUCAGCAGGAUUGUGACGUCGGCCUCCAUCGACCUUCAGGACUACACGUACUACUUUGUGGCAGCGCCGUGGCUCUCCGUGAAGCUGCUGAGACUGUUGCAGUGCUACCCUCCACCCGAGGACGCGGCACUGCGGAGUCGCUUGGCGGAAUGUCUGGAGACCAUCUUGAACAAAGCCCAGGAGCCUCCCAAGUCCAAGAAGGUUCAGCACUCCAACGCCAAGAACGCCGUUCUCUUCGAAGCCAUUUCGCUCAUCAUCCACCACGACAGCGAGCCCACCUUGCUGGUGCGAGCGUGCAACCAGCUGGGUCAGUUCUUGCAGCACCGCGAGACCAACCUGCGCUACUUGGCCUUGGAGAGCAUGUGCACCCUGGCCAGCUCCGAGUUCUCCCACGAGGCCGUCAAGACGCACAUCGACACCGUCAUCAACGCUCUCAAGACGGAGCGGGACGUGAGCGUUCGCCAGCGUGCGCUGGACCUCCUCUACGCCAUGUGCGACCGCAGCAACGCCAAGCAGAUUGUGGCGGAGAUGCUGAGCUACCUGGAGAACGCCGACUACUCCAUCAGAGAGGAGAUCGUGCUCAAGGUGGCCAUCUUGGCCGAGAAGUACGCGGUGGACUACACCUGGUACGUGGACACCAUCCUCAACCUCAUUCGCAUGGCCGGGGACCACGUGAGCGAGGAAGUGUGGUAUCGCGUCAUCCAGAUCGUCAUCAACCGAGACGACGUGCAGGGCUACGCCGCCAAGACCGUCUUUGAGGCGCUUCAAGCACCCGCCUGUCACGAGAACUUGGUGAAAGUGGGAGGCUACAUCUUGGGGGAGUUUGGCAACCUGAUUGCGGGAGAUCCGCGCUCCAGCCCGCUGGUCCAGUUCAAGCUGCUGCACUCCAAGUUCCACCUGUGCUCGGUGCCCACGCGCGCGCUGCUGCUGUCCGCCUACAUCAAGUUCAUCAACCUGUUCCCGGAGGUGAAGAGCACCAUCCAGGAGGUCCUGCGCUCGGACAGCCAGCUGCGCAACGCCGACGUGGAGCUGCAGCAGAGAGCCGUGGAGUACCUGAGGCUCAGCUGCAUCGCCACCACCGACAUCCUGGCCACCGUCUUGGAGGAAAUGCCUCCUUUCCCGGAGAGGGAGUCCUCCAUCCUGGCCAAGUUGAAGAAGAAGAAAGGACCCGGCAAUGUGACCGGCGUCGACGACACCAGGCGCAACGUGAACGGCGCCGCGGAACACGGCGACGGCGAGAACGGCGGCGAGGCCGACGCCACCGCGUGCUCUCCUUCACUGAUGAUGGCGCCUCCCGCCAACAGGCCGCGGCCCGCCCGCUCUAUUCCCGCCGUGCGCGGUGCCGGCACGACGAACUCGGCACAUCCCUUCAACGACCUGCUCAACCUCAACUCGCCCCCCGCAGCCAACUCCAGUCUGCUGGUGGACGUGUUCUCCGAAGCACCGCCUGACCCCGCCUCCGCCCCUCCCCCCGACGUCUCUGACGAGAGUUUCAGCAGGUUUGUGUGCAAGAACAACGGCGUUCUCUAUGAGAAUCAACUAUUGCAGAUUGGCCUGAAGUCCGAGUACCGGCAGAACCUGGGUCGCAUGUACGUGUUCUUUGGCAACAAGACAUCCAGUCAGUUUGUCAGCUUCUCCUCGUCCGUGACCAGUCAGGACACCCUGAAAGCUCAGGUGAACGUCCACGCCAAGGCGGUGGAUCCCGUCAUCGAGGGCGGCGCUCAGGUCCAGCAGAUCCUCAACAUCGAAUGCGUGUCGGAGUUCAGCGACGCCCCGCUGCUCAGCAUCCACUUCAGGUAUGGCGGCGCCCCACAAAACAUCUCGGUCCAACUCCCCGUCAUGCUCAACAAGUUCUUCCAGCCCACUGAGAUGACGUCGCAAGACUUCUUCCAACGCUGGAAGCAGCUCGGCCUUCCUCAGCAGGAAGUCCAGAAGAUCUUCAAGUCCAAACACGCCAUGGACAGCGAGGUCACCAAGGCCAAGAUUUUAGGUUUUGGCGUGGCGCUGCUGGAGGCCGUGGACCCCAACCCGGCAAACUUUGUCGGAGCUGGUGUGGUUCACACCAAAACUUCUCAGGUGGGAUGUCUUCUACGGCUGGAGCCCAACACGCAGGCGCAGAUGUAUCGUCUGACCCUGCGGACCAGCCGCGACAGCGUGUCUCAGCGACUUUGUGAUCUGCUCUCAGAUCAGUUCUAGAAGCUUCUGUGAACAGUUUGUAAGUUUGUUUUUUUUUAAAUGGAUUUUUGGCACAUAGCUUUACGGCCUUUGACUCGCAGCGCAGGCGUCCAUCGCCCCAACGUGCUGACCCGUGGCUGAGCACACUGUUACUGAGUUUUUUCUUUUUUUUUUUAAGAAGGGUCUUGUCCUCUUGUCACCAUGUUACAUGUGAGUACGACAUCAGCACGACAAAGGGUGCCUUAACAUCUCACACUGUUGUUGUUUUGUCGGCUUUUUAAGCAACACGCACUCGCACACUUUGUCCCGGAGCUCCCAUUGGUGCCUUUCUACGUGAAGCACGAGCACACUGCCUCACAAUUUCUACCUGAAUGCAUUUCACACACUUUACGUGCGAUAUUUCUAUUUUCUAAUGCUCCUCGCUGCCUUAAGAGUGGUUUUGUUUGGAAAUAAAAGCCUUCUCCUCAAAAAGGGCCACUCGUGAA